CACUGAUCACUGGGAAACUGCCUCGCUCUGCCCACUCUCGCAUCCCAGGCAUCUCUGUCCAGCAUGGCCAACCACCCACUGCUGCUGCUGCUGGCCCUGUGGAUGCUAGCUGGGGGGCUGUGGCUGGAAGCCGAAGCUCAGGAAGCACCAGAUGAAGAAGUGAAGCUUUGUGACACAGAAUUCAUUCGGAGAAUGUUUGCCUCCUGUGGUAUCCUAUUGAAGCGGUCGGUCAUCCUGGCCCGAGAAGCAAUAGAUGCAGAAUCUGAUGCAGACAGUCAGCUGGAAGAGGCAGUGGCCUCCCUGAUCAAGCUCGGCCAGAAGGGAACCCCAGGGGUUCUGCGGCACAGACGAGGUGUCGUGCUUGACCUCCACAACAAGUGCUGCAACUUGGGUUGCCACAAGAGUGAACUCAGAAUUCUCUGCUAGACUGGGGACUGGGCAGCUGGGCGCACAAGGGGAAAUGCUGAGUACCUGUCUCUGGCCCCCUCAUAUGUUCAUUCUACAGCAAGUCAUUGAGGUCAGGCACUAUGGACUCCAACACAAUCCCCCAAAUUAACCCUGAACUUUGACCAAAUUCUCCUAACCCAGAGCAAGCUGUAUCUCUAGUUGGCCAAAUGGUUGCCCCUGGUCCUGACUCCUGACCUCUCCCCAGCCCAUAUCAGGCCUUCGUCUGGACUAUGCUGUCCCCUGUACAAUGGAGCCCCUACCCUACCCAGACCAGCCACACUGAAGGAGCCCUUGACAAAUCUAUGGCUCUCCUGUGGCCACUGUCCCCCAGCCAGCCCAAAGGGUGCCCUGGCCCAGCCCAGCCUGUGCCCACUCCCUUGCCCUUGCCUUCCAGCCCCUCUCCCUCCAACCCCACCUGCUGUGGACCCCACGGUUGCUGUUGAGAACCCUUGGUUCCCUUCAUAUCCUGGGAUGGGAGGCUAGGUAGUGGGACAGAUCCCAACCUGCUCCCACCCGGAUAAUAAAAAUUCCAAAGGACUCUGCA